CCCUCUGACUUGCCUUCCUCUGAGCUUUUUAGAUGUACAUAAUCCCUGAGUUGACCCAGAAAAUAGGCAGUCGUUUCAAGAUCUGAUGCGCUAGUCUUUUGUGCGCACCGUUCCCUACUUUGAGCAUGAAGUGUAACCCCGAGGAAACCGUCCUGUAAUCCGGAGGAGCUUCGCCUCGCACAGGGAAACUCAAGUCGCGCAACUUUGAGAAAACGCAGCGGACACUGGAGGCAUGGCAGAUCAUAUGAUGAUGCCCAUGAAUCACAGCUCAGCAGGCACUGGUCUCCACGGUUACAGGAUGGGCAUGAAUGGCGGCCUGCAGGCAGGUCACCAACAGCACGCCAACCAGCAGGGUAUGAGGGCGCUUCCCAAUGGCCAGAUGAUGCACUAUGGAGGCAACCAGGCCAGCAUGGAGGCUGCCAUGAGGCAACGGCAGAGCAUGGUGGGCGGGCCCAUGAACGGACAGCUCAACGGGGCCCAGAUAGGUCAUCACCAGAUGACCUCUGGUAACAUGAUGUACAAUGGACAGCCUCAGCAGCAACAGCAGCAGCAUCACCACCCUCAGCAGCAACAGCAGCAUCAUAUGCAUUCACAGCAGCAUCAGCAUCAACAGCAGGCGCCACAUCAGCAGCAGCAGCAGCAACAACAGUUCAUGAAUGGAGGGUUAACGUCUCAGCAGCUCAUGGCCAGCAUGCAGCUGCAGAAGCUAAACACCCAGUACCAUGGACACCCACUGGGACCUAUGGGUGGGAACCACAUGGGGCCUACAAACCAGUACCGCAUGAACCCAGCUCAACUGGCUAGCAUGCAGCACAUGGCUGGGCCCGCGUUAGCCCUGAACGGAAUGGACGCGGACAUGAUUGACGAGGACGUCCUGACAUCACUGGUUAUGGAACUGGGCUUGGACCGGGUCCAGGAGCUACCAGAACUCUACCUGGGCCAGAAUGAGUUUGAUUUUAUCUCAGACUUUGUGAGCAAGCAGCAACCAAGCACUGUCAGCUGCUGAAAGGAUCUUUGUUUGCAAUGGCCACACUUGGAGGAGGAGGAGUUAGCAUUGUCCAGGAAGAAUGGAAAGAGGCAGUUUGUUUGGUUAUGAUUUUAUGAGCAAAGAACUGUACAACUAAACUAAAGUUGUGGAGCUGGGUGUGCAGGAGAGGAUUCUGGAUAUCCACAGCUUGUGUUUAGGUUGUGGUUGGAGAUGGUUUCUCAUCCUGGACAUGAAUGUAACAAAGAAAUCCUUAAAGCCACUGAACAAUACUAUGACACUAUGUAGCCUCUAAGUCUGGACUCUGUGACAGUUUACCAGUAAAAAAAAAAAAAAGGUGUAUUUAUUUAUUCCUAUCUGAGAAAACUGAUAAAUAGAAGAGUCGCCUUCGCUGUUUUGGGAUCCAAGUGGUUUUUAUGAUCUUUUCUUGAAAACAUGUUUGUGGAGGAAUAUGAAGAUUUUGGAUCUCUGCCCCUGAACUUUUCCUGUUCUGUUUGGCUUAAUCUUGAAAUUAGCUCAUUAAACAAAGCAAUGCUCAUUUUCUGUUUAAUCACAGAAGUGAUAAAGUGGUUCAUUAGAAUGCACACUUUCAAGAAAACUGGUUAAUGUUUGGUAAAGUGUGGCCUUUUAAAGAUGUAAUGUUCUCAAAACAAAAUCUACUGCUUGUACUGUAUGAAGCUGUAUAACUCCAACAUGUCCACACUAUUUGUGUUCUAUUGGAGAUGUAGAACCGCCUUAAUCAUGCAGAUUUUUAUUUAUUGGUUGUUUAUAUUGUUCCAAUACUUUUUUUUUUUCUUUUUGUUUUGGGGGGGUGGUUUUUGUGAAGGGGGUUUUUGACGAUCAAUAAAAAUGGCCUGGAUAGAAGUGUGGCCUGCAUUUUAAUUCAUUACAUAACUCUUCCCUCAGACAGCAAAAAUCAAGGGGAGUAUGGGAGUUUGAGAUUUCUCACUUGUCUUGGCCUCAAAAUCUACCAGAUCCACUUUGCAUGUAACUUGGUGACAGCCACAACAAAAAUAUGUUUACAGUUGAUGGUGGUUAAAAAAUUAAAUGUGAACCUAAAUUACAAUAUCUCCAAAUUGAAUUUAGUCUUUCCCAAGUCCAACUCUUAAGUGAAAAUGGAGUACUUGCCACAAGCACUAGUUUCUCUACACUCCUUGAAGGAUUGGUGCACUUGAACUACUUGUCUUUUUGCCUGCUGCUGCUAUUUGACUCCACAUUAUACAUUGUUAAUUUUGCUUUCUGGUGCGAUUCUUUAAAAAAAGGCAAUCAUUUGGCUCAUAAUGCUAAGAGCCAAUGUUGGGUUGUUUUGUUUCUUUGCAAUGAGUGAGCCUAAGUGGCCAGUUAUUAGCAGCGGUACUACUGUUUCAAAACUACAGUUCUAGAAUGUAGACGGUUCGCUGUUAUUAUCUUGAGCUUUUUCAGCUCAACCAAAACAAUUUUCUAUAAUUCAAGACUGGAAAAUUAAGAGGGAGGCUGAUGUCUGUAGUAAAUCUAUUUCGGUCAUGUUUUUUUUACAUUUUUGUUCUAUAAUUUCAGCUAAGGACUUGGAUUCCUUUUAUGGCCAAAGUAUAUAAUUUUGUAUUGUCUUAUAUGUCAAAGGAUAAUAAAUUCAUACGCACUAAAGGUUAUAGGGCUUUUGAAAGGGAAAUGGGCCAACAACAAAGAUCUUGCAAUGCACUUUCCAGUGGUCACAAGGUACUUCUUCAGAUUUUGUUGUCCUGUUAAGCAAAACCUAACAGAAUGUUUUGUUGCUUUAAAAGCUUAAUCUUAUCGCAAUUGGAAAAAGCAAACAGUUCCAGCACAUGUCCUGAUAUAUUUUAGCAAAUUCCAGGCAUUUACAUUUGUUUUGAUAAGAUAGAAGGGCUUCUGUUUUUCUGGCAAGCUUCCCAAGUGACCUUUUGUAGAUGGCCUCCAGUGGUUGUUAGACUUGGUGAAAAACUGCAGCUAAAGUUUUCAAGAGUAGGCUUUGUUUUAUGUGGUGUUUUUCUUUCACUUUAUACCUCCCUUACCAUCCUGAAAUGUUGAAAGGCAGCCAGUCUAAUUGUCAAGGGCUUUGAAAAAUGUGGAGCAUUCAUUUUAUAUAUCAAAGUGGAAGGACAGCACUGUUGUGAUGCUGCUAACAGAUUUACCUUCAUCUAAUGGAAUAUCAGGUUAAAAAAAAUGCAAUAUUUGCCACUGAAUAUAACCUUGAGGAGUUAUAUUGUGAGGAGUUGGUAAUUAUUUUUCCUCUAUAUUUAGCAAGAAUGAAGAUGUAUCUGAGUUGAAUUUCUCACUGGACAUGUUGGGCAAUUAUACCCAGAUUGGAUUUACCUUUACUUGAACAGUAACUCUGCUGAUGGCAUCAUAAAGUAGGUGAUGCGAUAAAAGAAAAUUUGUUUUGUUAAGAGUUUCAGCAACGGAAAAGAAGAAGAUAUUUAUUAUUGAAAAUGGUAUUGCAAACAGCUCUAGCCUACUCAAAACAAAUAGUUAAAAGAGUCGUAACUAUUGGCUCUAAGAUGUAGGUGAACACAAAGUUUUCACUGUUUUAAAGCAGCAGCCAAUAAGCCUGCUGUCCAAUUGCAAUCUCAGACACAACCAUUCUGGUAUAAUUGCAUUCAUUGUAAAAUGAGGUUAAAGAGACUUUGUGUAGUAGCGGAGCUGCUGGAAUGGUUUUGUGACUCCAGGCUGUGAAAAUGCUUGAUUGAGGUCAUGUUGGGAAUGUCAUCAGCAUGGUUAGCUUUUUCCACACUGUCAACAGAGGCAUCUUUAGCGGCGUCGUGAGUAACAAGAGGGGAAAUGAGAGCAGCUUUGUAAAAAUAGUGUUCGCUGAUUGCUCAAUUUUUUAAACUCAACUCGCCUGUUAAAGCAAACCCCUUGGCUCAAUUAUCCACUUGUGCUGAUAGCUGGAGGGCUCGGUUUGAAAAGUGGUAUCGCUGAUGACAGACAGUGAGAUGUGUUUGACUAAGUGGAGGGUUUGAUUUAAGUAAAAUGAAUAUGUUUCUUUCUUUAGUCAGACAUUGACAAGAGAAUGGCUCAUAAGUAGGCCAACAGUCUUGGCACAUUGCUCACUGACAGUUGCAAGCUCUUUACCCAGUGCCAAUCUGGUGAGAUUGUCCUUUGGUUUGCUGGCACACGUAAUACUCUGGCUCCUUGUGUAUCUCAUAAUUGUAUGUUAUUCUUGAGCUCUUUGUUUUGCCCCAAUUAAAUGCUGAGCUUUUGUAUCUUGGUUGUAACUCCAUGGGCAAAAACUGUUAACUACGUUGAACAACCCUGUUUGCUUUCCCAAUCCCUUGUUAUGACUGCUACUUGCUUCACCGAGGCCAGUCUAGACGCAGGCUAAGCAGGGUGGGACGCAUACAGUUACUUGUAUCUUUCUUUUUCAACCCACCCACAGUAACUGCUCCAUACAUCAGCGUUUCUUCCUGUGGUUGCUUGCUGAUGUCUCUGUUUAAGUCAGAAACCCAAAAGCCACAUACUUACAGAAAUACUCAAUGAAAGAAAGACGUACAAUAAGAAAGGGAGAGGAGAGAAAAUGUAAGAGCUUAUUAGAAAUUAGCUGGAGGGUUUUUUUUUUCAUCUCUGCUACCUGGGGAUUUUUUUUUCUCUGGGUUUUUCCCACAAAAUCUCUAGGACUCCAGACAAAGUACUUCUCUGAACGUCUUCACAAUGCAGUUUAACAUCAAUCUUUCUCUCAACCUCAACAACUGAGCAGUUUCUGUAGCUCUGUAUCAAGUACUGCUCAGUUUUUCUCUUUUCCAGGCUGUGGUCCAGCUGGUGCCAAGCCUGAGCUCACGUUAAUCUCCAGCCCUGGCGCCAAUGACGGAUAGGUGGUCAUUUACUGUUGUCACGCAUGGCCAGGUCUCCCACAUGUCCACACACACACUGAAUCUGGGCACAACCUGAUCAAACAGGCUAACAGGGACACCUCAGUAUCAGUGUGUAUCCAGGAGAGAAGAGAAAAGAUUUAUGUCACAUCUCAGCUCACUGAGAUCCCUCCUUUUACCUGAGGUGUUAGAGAUAGGCUUACUUCAAUACACCUCUAAAUGAGGGAUGAAAGAGCAUUUAGAUUGUGUAAAUUGAUUUCUUAACAGUCAGUGUGAUUAAACUUAGCAACCGCUUUCAUUAUAUUUCCCCAACACCAAUCGGAGAAUUACUUUAAAGGGGUAAAUACAAAGGAAAUUUGAGCUAUAUCAAAGAGAAAUUAUGCUUUGUUAUUAAGAUAAAAAAGGUGACCACAGCACGUGUUCGAUCUUCCCUACUUUACCAUGGAAGCUAAGAGGUCUUUUUUUUUCUCUGUUUAAAGAUCUUUUCAUUAACCUUGUCUGCGUGUUUGAGUUGGCAGGGGGUAAAUAAACAGCAGCUCCCUCUGGACAGGCAGGGUUCAUAGAGUGGACAUGUUGCUCAA